GCGGCUUAUAUAAGGCUAUAGAAGCAAGCCACGAUCGGAUCUAGCUUCAGCCACAUGCUUACGUACUAGGUGAUUGAACUAUAACCUACGUCACUCCUAGCUACCCAUCUGUCGCAAUGUCAUAAGGCUACUUAAUUUCCUUAGCUCAACAUCAGCCUGAUCGCAAACAAACACCAAGCAACAGCUCACUUAUCUAUCCUAAGAGCCAUAAUCCUACCUCUGUCAUGCCUUUCCAACCCUAAAAAAUAAACGUCGCAUCACCUCGCAUCCUCUUCCACCCACCCAACCGAGACAACCAACCCAACCCACUUCAAAUCCAUACAAACAACCAACGAUGCAAAACCCAACCUCCCGCCUCCGCCGCACCUUCGCCUACCCCGCCGACUCCGACUCGGACAAUGAUACAUCUCCCGACGCUUUACCCACCACCCUCGACGAGCAAGAACAAGAAACCCUGAUCGCGACGCUAGCCCGGCAAAACGACGCGCGGAACGCGCAGUUCCGCCUCCUUUUACUCUGCAUGCCCGCCGUGUCCGCGCUGCCGUACCUGCUCGCCCUCGUCUCCCCCGACCGGGCUAGCGGGACCGGGACCGAUAGGUCGACGGCGCUGCUUGGGCUGACGAGCCUCGCCGCCACGGCUUGGACGCUGUGGGUCCGCGCUCCGGGGGUGACGGGGAUACGGGUUUUGGAUGCGUGGGCUGCUGGGUCUGGGUCUGGGUCUGGGGGAGGCGACGCGGGGGUAAGAGCGUAUAAGCGCGACGAUGACGGCGACGGCGGUGGUGGUGAUGGUAGUGGGGGUCGGGGCGAUAUAGCGAAUACGCCGUUCUGGGCGGAAGGACACCGCGAUUCGCCGCUGGCGCGGUACCUGCCGUAUCUGAACGUCGGGCUGUGCGCGGUGCUGGUCGUGGCCGGGUUAGUUACGAGGUCGGGCGCGUCGCAGGGGCACUGGGGCCAUGUCGGGUUGAACAAUCUGCCUGCGAUCGUGUAUGGGGUCGUGCUGCUUGCCAAGAUGGUGAUGGGCAGCGUGGACCCGGAGAGGGAGCUGAGCGCGCUGAAAUACGAGUAUAAGGGCGCAUAAUAGGGGCAUAGUGGGGAUUUGCUUCUACGUUCUACGGUGGCGCUCUAGUUCUGAAUGGAAAAAUAUCGAGUAACUUGUUUUUAUUCAUAUCAUUCAUUUAGUGCUAUGCCUGAGCCUUAUCAUAAGCCAAGUCGGGUCUUAUGACAUAUUCGCACACAAACGGAGCUUAGGAACUGAUUCCACAAUUGAUGCUGUAAUUAAUACUCCAGGUCGCGUUUUUGUCUAUAC